AUGCGUAGAUUACCUCAUAAUAUGGCCAACUUCAUUAAAAGUUCCUUUUCCCGUUUUUCUUCCUCUUCUUUCUUUUCUUUUUCUUUCUUCGCUUUUUCUUUCAGCUCUUCUUCAUUUUCUUUCUUUAUUUUUUCUUCUUUUUCUUUCUUUAUUUUUUCUUCUUUUUCUUUCUUCUCUUUUCUCUCCUUUUCUUUUUCUUCUUUUUCUUUCUUCUCUUUUUCUUCUUUUUCUUGUUUUUCUCUUCUUUCCUUUUCUUUUCUUUCCAUUUCUUCUUUUUCUUUUUGUUUCCUUUCCUUUUCUUCUCUUGCUUUCUUUUCCUUUUCUUGCUUUUCUUUUUGCUCUAACUCUUUUAUUUCCUUUUCUCUUUCUAUUUUUUCCGCCAUUCUUCUUUCAUCUCUUUCUUUCUUUUCUUUUUCUUUUUCUUCUUUUUCUUUCUGCAGUCUUUCUCUUUCUUCCUUUUCUCUGAUUUCUCUUUGUUUUCUUUCCUUUUCUUCUUUUUCUUUUCUUUCUAGUUCUCUCCGCAUUCUUUCCCUUUCUCUUUCACAACCGACCUCUGCCAAUUCUCUUUCUAUUCUUUCCUUCUCUUUUCUUUCCUUUUCUCUUUUUUCCUUCUCUUUCUUUUCACCAUUUUUGUUGUUGGCAUUUUCAUCCUUGUCUUCAGUUUCUGCGUUUUCAUUUUCUCUCAUUUCCUCGUCGUUUUCAUCUUUUCCUUUAUCUUCCUCCCCCUUUUUUAAUUCUUCUCUUUCCUCUCUUUCUUUCUUUUCUCUUUCACUUUCAAUAUUUUCUUCUUUUACCUUUGCCGGUUUUAUUGUCGAGACGGUUUUUUCAGGCAUUUGUUUUGUAACCGAUCGUUUGAUAGGUUCAUCAAAAUCUACAAAGCCUGCUUGGGAUUUAUUUAAUUCUGCUUCCAAAUCGAAUUCAUUAAUUCGUUGA